AUAUAUAAAGAAAAAAAAAUCAAAGAAAGAAAGAGGAUGAAGAACCAAAAAUCUUCUUUGCUUGCCUUCUUCUUCUACUUGUAUCUCCUCGUCCUUGCCUUGGCCCCGAUCGCCGAGGCCGGGCAACGGCGGGUCCACAUCACCGACGACCUCGACGGCGUCGUCGAUGACGAGGAGGACGAGGACUGGAAGCAGUGGGGUCAGAGAUCCCGCUCCGCCCCCCCGGAUUUGGAUCCCCCGCCCGACUUCUCCAACAUGGACUUGUCCCGGGUCCAGGAGGAGACGAUGAAGCGGCACGUCGGCCCCACCUUCGGCUUCGUCAAGCUCCGCUUGGGUGUUCGCCGGAAUCGGGACACCGUGUCCGAGAUUGCUACGACAUGGAAUAAAGUUCUGAAAACAGGAGGUGUUGAGGCGACGUUCAUGGCUGUCGAUCUGAACACGAUAAUGUUUACCUUGAUGAGAGGGCAAGACACAAUGGAGCUGAAGGAGUUCUUAUUGGACCAGCAGGAGGCAUACGAAGUAAAGAUCGGGGACAGAGCUUUCCGACGGCCUGGAGAUCCUUCCCUAGAUGAAAUAGUGAAGAAGCUUCACGCUGAGAAGCAGAAGGCAGACGCUUUUCCCGAAGAAGAAGAAGAAGAAGAAGAAGAAGAAGAAGAAGAAGAUCGGGAGUCAAAGGAGGAGUUGUAGUGCCAUGCAUGUUGAUUUACAGAUGAGGUUCCUCUAUUUAGAUAUCUCAAAGCCAAAUAUUCUUUAGGACAUUGGUUAGUUAACAAAAUCUGAUCUGAUAUUUUUUUUUUGUUGUUUUUGUUUUGGGGGUUGAGCCCAAGUUAAUAGAACUGUCCUGCGCAUCGCAUACUAUAUGUUCUUCCCUAAUACCCCCGGGAAGCAAGAGACAAUAUACAGAAGGAUGGGCCAUUGAUAAGAAAUGUCAUUCACUGUGGUUAUUUGCAAGACCCAUUUUUAUGAUCACUGAUUCUUUUGAGUUA